AUGCAGAUUUUCGUCAAGACCCUUACGGGCAAGACCAUCACCCUCGAGGUCGAGUCCUCGGACACCAUCGACAACGUCAAGGCCAAGAUCCAGGACAAGGAGGGUAUCCCGCCAGACCAGCAGCGAUUGAUCUUCGCCGGAAAGCAGUUGGAGGAUGGCCGGACUUUGAGCGACUACAACAUCCAGAAGGAGUCGACUCUUCACCUUGUCCUCCGUCUCCGUGGUGGUAUCAUUGAGCCCUCGCUCAAGGUGCUUGCCAACAAGACCAACUGCGACAAGAUGAUCUGCCGAAAAUGCUACGCCCGUCUCCCUCCCCGUGCCACCAACUGCCGUAAGCGCAAGUGCGGUCACUCUUCCCAGCUCCGCCCCAAGAAGAAGAUUAAGAACUAG